AUGUCAUCAGAGAAGGAAGCUUCAAGCUCCAAAGAGAAACGCAGACUAUCGUGCACUGCUCACUUUGAUGCCCUCUGGUUCUGCUACUCCCCAGUUCAUCAAAUGCAGCAGUAUUAUAGGCUUGGUGUUCUUGAUAACUGUUCUGGUAAAUGGAAAGCAAUGGUUGACUGCUUAAUGCUCAAGACCAAACCCAGUUCUCAAGUCGAGGAAAUCCUCGAAGCUCAAGAGAAAUCAAAGCCACACAUAUGGAAUUUCAGGACAAGAUAUGAAGCUUCACAAUACUGGCGAAGAAGAUAUGGUCAUUUAGACAGGCCUGAAUGA